GUCAAUAACAUUGUGUAUUAAAAAACAACAAAAUCCAUUGCAUUAAACUACUAAAUUAAUCAUUAACAAAUCAAAGGAUCAAUUAAGAUAGUUUACUCAAAAUGGAUGCAAAAAGAAUAUGUGUUGACAAAGUCCAACUAACCUCUGAUGAUGAUGACAAGGAUCAAAAAGCUGUCAUCAAUUCACUGGAUUACGAUUCAUUAGCAAAAAUUUUCAUGUUGCUACCAGUACCAGAGAGAAUAGACAUGGAAGAAGUUUGUGUCAAAUGGAAAGAGGCAUGUCAACGAGCUUGGUAUGACAUAAAAAAAUACAAAUGUGAAUCAUCAAUUGGACGUUGUUAUGAUAACCGUUUGUUGACACAGUCAUACGUCGAGAAAAUAUUAUUAAUGUGUGGUAAAUAUUUAAAUGAAUUGUCCCUAUCAGGCGUUUGCAAUUCAAAUAUCAUGCCAUUUGUUGGUGAUCGCUGUAAGAAUUUAACAAGUCUUGAAUGUGAAUUUAACGACGAUCCAUCAAUUCAUGAUGCUGAUCACUUUGCUCAAGCAUUUACACAGUUGGAUAAAUUAAAAAGCAUAACAAUAACACUGAGUAAUAAUUACUAUAAUGGAACACUUAAUUUAUCUAAAAUGAUUAAUAAUCUUCCAGAAGAAAUUUAUGAAAUUCAUGUACUUUCUAAACCUUCCAUAGGCCAAGGAAGAACAGUUUCUAUGACUAUUGAAAAAUUUAAAAAUCUUCAAAAAUUGGCAGUACAUGGCAUCUGUUCAGAAAAUCUUCUUCAUGAAAUAUCAGAAAAAACAACACUUGUACAUGUUGACAUUUACAUAUAUGAUGUACACCAAAGGUUUUUUUCGUUUGAUAGACUCGUUAAUUUAGAACAUAUUGACCUAAAGCUGCGGAUGCAUACUGAAAGUUUACGUGAUCCUCGUACUGACCCCCCUACAACCGUACUCUUUACUAUUUUUUCUACAUGCAUAAAUCUGAAACAUCUUCAUAUUUCAUAUGGUCUUAGCUAUGAUGAAGCUCAAAUUCCUCUAACAAAAUGGAGAAACUUACAAAACUUACAAUAUCUUGGUAUUACUUGUAGUAUCACACCUGACUUGGCGAAUACAAUGGUUAAAUAUUGUAAGAAUUUGAAACACUUAAAGAUAUGGGAUUUAGGAAUGAUGGAUGAUACUGCUUUAAAAAAGUUGACUGAGUUGGAAAGUCUUGAAUGUUUAUCAUUGCUUGGUUGCGUUGAGUUAAAAAAAGAAUCAAUAAUCGCAAUUUCAGAAAAUUGUAAGAAACUUAAACGUUUAGAAAUUCCUUCUGGUUCUAUUGAUGAAUCACGUUUUUCUUCAUCUGUUCUUGAUGAGAUAUUUGAUGAGAUAUCAAAAUUGCAAUAUCUUGAACAUCUAAACUUUUCUAUGGUAAAAAAUCUUAAAAAUAAUAGCUUUAUUAGUAAAUUGAAAGGAUUAAAAGAAUUGCAUUGUGGUCAUUGCAAGAAACUUACUGAAGCUGGUAUCAUUCAAUUUAUAAAAAAUAAUCCAGAUCUUGAAGAGAUUAGUGUCGAUGGUAUUGAUAAUAUUACAAUUAACCUGGUUAUUGCUGUUGAUCAAGUAACUAAAAAUCGUACAAAUGGUCUACAAAUAACUGUUUGUUAA